AUGGCUCGCAAUGGACUACAGCAAUACUUUACAAGUGAAAAUGUCGAUAUGGGAACAACUCUCAUUGCAAUGGAAUUCGACGGUGGGGUUGUGGUUGGAACAGAUUCGAGAACAAGUUCCGGAACUUACAUAUCAUCGCGUGCCACUGAUAAAAUUACUCCCAUUACGGAUCGAAUAGUUGUUUGUCGUUCUGGCUCUGCGGCAGAUACACAAGCAAUUUCUGAUGUUGUGAAGUAUUAUAUUGAGGUUUAUUCAAUGAUGGAAGAAGAAGACGUUACUGUCGGGCGCUGUGCUCAGAUCUUUCGGAAUUUUCUAUACAAAUAUCGUGACUCUUUGUCAGCGUCAGUUUUGGUUGCCGGCUACGAUGAUAUUGAAGGUGGACAGUUGUAUGCAGUUCCAUUGGGUGGUUAUGUAACUCGACAGCGAUGCGCAUCAAGUGGUAGUGGUAGUACGUUUGUACAAGGUUUUCUCGAUAGUCAAUGGAAGCCGGGUAUGACUGUUGAAAAGUGCAAAGAAAUAGUACUCUAUGCAGUAGCUCUGGCAACAAUCCGUGACGGUUCUUCUGGAGGUGUUAUUAGAUUAGCUGUCAUUGACAAAACAGGCACACAAAAAAUGGCUAUCACGGCUAUUAUGCUUGUCGUUUUUGGUGCAGAAAGUUUUCUGGACGAAGAGAAUGUGAUACCAGAUUUGGCACCUCAUAUUGAUAAUCCAAUGGAGUUUGAAUUCAUUGAAGAUAUUCAUAAGAAGCACUAUUUGAAGUCAUUGUUUACAGAGUCAUUUUAUGAACCGAACUGUGAUGGUAAACCCAAUGUCACGAUCAAACCGAUUUACUUUUGGCCUGGUCAACGUAUUGAUCUUCGAUGUGUGAUGUGUCGUCGAGCAUUUACUUUUAAUGGAUUAAUGAAACACUGGUGGUUUAUGCCGGCAAAAGAAGUUGAAGAUGCACUUGGAGAUAUGAAAAAUCUCAAAAAUUCACCUAAAUGGAAUCAACAUUUGAUGACGUUAAGUGCUGAUUUUGGAGAUAAUAGAUGGCGUGAUUUUGGUGCAAUGCCUAACAGCUUCGGAGCUGCCACAAAUCCGCGAUCACAGACUGUAUUCAUACAAAGAAACGGAAUGCUAAUUUUGUUACAGGUAGUAAGUGAUAAAAAUAUGAACGAAGAGAUGAGUUGGAAUUUGCAUGGAUAUUCGAAAGAUGCUAAACUGGCAGAAAAAUUUGUAAAUUUAAAAAUUCAACUGCAAUGGAGUGAAUGGUCAUCAUGCGAGCAGGGUACUAUAGUAAGGACCAGAGAAGGUCAUUGUUAUUUGAAAAAGAUAGAUCCAAGUAAAGAUAUCGGUCAGCUGGUAGACGGUGCAUUUGCUGCCUAUGAUCUAUUCAACUGGGUGAAAAAACUCAAAAAUCAUAUGUCAGAAAUUCCCGAAUUCAAUACUACUGGCAUACGUCUUUACAGUGGAUUGAUAUCAAAACUAAUUCAUGAAGGUGCAUUCGGCGAUGACAAAAGCUAUGAUGAUUGUUACAGUGUUCGUGCUGAUAUUACAAUGAAAGAUAUGUUCUUUAAGAGACCAAAAGCUACAAAACGCUGGAUCAAUGCAAUUUUUGCCGCAUUUGGAAUUGAUAAUGCCAAAUCAAUGUUGAAAAUGAGUGAUAGAUUAUGCCUGUAUUAUUAUAAUAAGCCGACGAUACGAAGGGAUAAAGCGCCAGCUAGCGUCUUUGUCGGUACCCAUCUUGUAGAUACCCAACGUUGUUCAGUUCUUUGA